AUGGACAUUAUGCGAAUGAGUGUUACUCAUCUCAAACAGAGUAUGAAGUGUCAAGAGCAAGCACCAAGAGCACGGAAUUCGAAGAUUGACAAGUACUUUCAAGAGAAGAAGUAUAUGAAGUGUCCUUAUGAGCAUGCCCUCUACAUCAAAAUGCAAGGUGAAAGCAUACUAAUCAUUUGUUUAUAUGUUGAUGAUUUAGUAUUUACCAGAAACAAUCCUAGCAUGUUUGAUGAGUUCAAAAGAGAGAUGGUAAAAGUGUUUGAAAUGACGGACAUUGGUCUCAUGAGUUACUAUCUUGGGAUCAAGGUCAAACAAGGUGAAGAUGGGAUUUUCAUAUCCCAAGACGGCUAUGCUAAAGAAGUGCUCAAAAAGUUCAAUAUGAAUGAUGCUAAUCUAGUUGGAACACCGAUGGAAUGUGGAGUCAAAAUCACCAAGCAAGAUGGAGGAGAGAAGGUAAAUUCUACAUAUUUCAAAAGCUUGAUUGGAAGUUUGAGAUACUUGACAUGUACAAGACCGGAUAUUCUUUAUUCAGUUAGAAUUGUUUUCGAUUUAUGGAGGAACCGACAGUAA